AUGAGCAGCAUUCAACAAGCUUCAAGUUUGAAUGAUAUCAUUAUUGCCAAUAGAAAUGAAAGUAUGAACAACCUGAAUUCAGUCGAAGAUAAAUCUUCAAUGAAAGAUAAUACUUUCCGAAGAACAACCACGUUGGCCACACCAUCAAGGUCGAAAAUGAGUCCUAAUCAUUUAUCAUCAUCGGAAUUGAAUAUUGGUGGAAGAACAAGUGUAUUUGAACAAUUGAUUACCAUGCCAAUUUUAUCUUUAAUUUAUCAAUUUGUUGGAAGAAUUAAAUCGUUUGAACAAUUGAGAAAUAUAAAAUUAGGAUUGGGAGCAUUGGUGAUUUAUUAUUCGGGAUUGCUUGCAUUCUUGUUACAUAGAAAUAAUGAUAGAAACCUCUUAUCCAUUUAUGAAAGAUAUUGGAAUAGAAACAAGGAAAUAAUUUAUAGUACUAUUGACAAUCAUGAGAAGAGGAUCACUUCAGUGACGGUGGAAUCAUCACCAAGAAGCGCUACAGCUCAUCCAAAUAUUCUUUCACCAUUUCGAGACAUGUUACAACAAUUCAAAUCAACACUUGGUUUACAAUGA